GCUGGUCCAGCAGCCCGCAGGAUGUCGGAGGUGCGGCUGCCACCGUUGCGAGCCUUAGACGACUUUAUUUUGGGGUCAGCGCGUCUGGCAGCUCCGGAUCCACGCGACCCUCAGCGAUGGUGCCACCGUGUCAUCAACAAUCUCCUCUACUACCAAACCAACUACCUUCUCUGCUUUGGCAUCGGCCUCGCUCUGGCUGGGUACUUGCGUCCUCUGUACACACUCCUGAGUGCGCUAAUAAUCCUUGUGUCUCUGGGUGUGCUGGUGUGGGCUGCUGAGACCCGCAUUGCCGUGCGCCGCUGCCGUCGCAGUCACCCAGCCGGCUGCCUGGCUGCAGUGCUUGCUGUAGGCUUCCUCGUUCUCUCGGCUGUAGGAGGCGCUUGCACCUUCCUGCUCAGCAUCGCCGGGCCAGUGCUUCUGAUCCUGGUGCAUGCCUCUCUGCGCCUGCGCAACCUUAAAAACAAGAUUGAGAACAAGAUUGAAAGCAUUGGUCUCAAGCGGACACCAAUGGGAUUGCUACUUGAGGCGUUGGGACAAGAGCAGGAGGCUGGAUCCUAGGUGCCUGGCGUCUGGAUCCAGGAACGGAGCAGCUCCCACCCCCAACCCAUAUCCGAAACUGAGCCCUUUCCCAUUCUUUAAAAUAGGAGCCUAGAGCCCCUUGUUAGUUAGAAAACAGGACAUCCCACUCCAAAACAAGGAUGUCCUUCAUACCCAAACCCCUAUUACCUAGGGACCAGAGUCUUCCCCAACCCUGAAUUUGUGACCCAGAGCUACCUAUAUCCAGCUCCCAAAUUAGUUUGAGAUCAGAGUAUCCAUGGCAAAUCACAAAUGGUGAAAACAGUGAUACUCCCUUAACCAAAUCUGGGAUUCUAAUUAGUCUUCCAUGUUUAACCCCAAAGCUGAGGCCCAAGCAGGGCAUACUCAAAUCUUAAACCUGGACUAAGGCUUCUCCAGACCCUACCCCAGUUUAGAACCCAAGUGGACAUAACAGAAUCUUAAACCCAAGUCCCAAGUGUCCUCAGCUGGGUGAACUGAGGUAUUCUGACCUUGUUGAACCCUUGGUCCCAGGUGACCCCUAAACCUCAUCAGUCCUAGAAGCCUUCCUCUAGCUCUGCUUAGAGAUUUUGCUCUUUCUUCCUGUGUUCCACAAUGUCUAGGACCAAGGGCCAGGGAUAGCCCCAGCUGGGAAUGGGGCACAUUUAUCAGUGUUGCUGCAACAAUAAAGUGUUGCGUUUCUUCAGCCA